GAACAUUUGACAAAUAAAUGAAUGGCGGACGUACCUACUGCUUGUUUGUAGAAUUCGCUGUUGUAUUUUCGGGUUAUAUCUCUGUAUUCAGUGCAUUAAUUUAUAGAAAUAAUUAUUGUGUUGUUACAUUAAAAGUCUAAAACACUACAGUAAGCAUGGCUGACGUUCUGGAUAUCGAAAAUUCAGAGGAAUUUGAAGUUGAUGAAGACGGUGAACAGGGAAUUGCCCGCUUGAAGGAAAAGGCGCGCAAACGUAAGGGCCGUGGGUUUGGCAGUGAAGGGAGCAACGCAGUGUCCUCAGACCGUGGCAACCGGGGAAGAUACGACAGUCUCGCUCCGGAGGGCGACGGCAACACACCGGGCCCGCAGCGCUCGGUGGAGGGCUGGAUCCUGUUCGUCAGCAAUGUCCACGAAGAGGCUCAAGAGGAGGAUAUUCAGAACCAGUUCUCGGAGUUCGGCGAGAUCAAGAACAUCCACCUGAACCUGGACCGGCGCACCGGCUUCCUCAAGGGAUACGCCCUCGUGGAGUACGAGACCUACAAGCAGGCCGCGAGCGCUCGAGAAGCCCUCGACGGCGCCGACAUCCUGGGGCAGGCGAUCUCCGUGGACUGGUGCUUCGUCAAGGGGCCGUCCAAGGUGCAUAAGAAGCGACGAUAAUAAUAAAAACCUAAUUCUAGUACCGCAAGGAAUGUGUCACUUCCCCUUAUCUCUGGAACUAACGACAGAGAUUCCCCUUAACACAUCAGUGAAAAUAUUAUAUUAGAAAGUAGAAACAGAAAGGAUUGUCAGACCAAUUUUGUCUUAGGUCUUAAACCUAGGACCUAAGCGCAGAUUUGUAGCAAAUUCUUACACAGAAAAUUUACCUAAGUUACAAAUACGAGUUGGGUUAACACUCAUAUCUCCUAUUUCUUUCUUGUUUUUACUGAAUUUAUGAACAGAUUGUAGAAUCUAUCCAAUAUUUGGUAAAACAGACUUCGUGUCUGUAAAAUUUACAAGCAAAAGAUGUAUUACUUUUAAGAUGUGUGGUUGUCGUGUGACGAUGUUAUGUAUUGCACUUUGUUUCUACCAUUAGCUUUUAAACAAAAAAACAAGAAUUUCUAAUAAUAUUGAGUUAACUCAUUAAAUUAACUUAACUCCUUUUCUGUCGCGAAGUCCGAUAGUUACCAUAUUAAUGAUCUACGGAAUCUUCAAAAUAAAGUGCUUUGCAUAACUGUAUUUCUAGACUAUAAUUAUUAAUAUAAGGGUCUAUUUCUAUA